AUGCACCAAAGAGGAUAUCUCCACAGUGGCUUGAAGUCCAAUAAUACGUUGGUUGCUCAAAAUAAGGGGUAUCUCAUUGACUUCGGGAAAGUUUGUGAGAUCUUUCGGCCAAAGGCAAAGAAAUAUAGGGAGGUUUAUAGACAUAUUGCACCAGAUGUUUUGAAAGGCUUUCCUGUUGCACCAGCCAAUGAUACGUAUUCCCUUGGGAGAAUUCUUAAAGAAAUUGGAAAGACAAUAAACAGUUCAGUCCUGUUACAAUUAGCCAAAGCAGCAACAA